UCCUCCUCCGACCCUUCUCCCUCCUCCGACUCCGACGAGAGAAGACCCCGCCGCCGCGAGAGCGAGGCCUCCGCCGCCCACAACGGGCGCGGCUCUAGGGUUCCGGCGAAGGCGGCGGAGGACGAGAGCCGCCGCCGCCGCCGCGACCGAGAUGGGAGGAGGGAGCAUCGCCACCGCCGCCGCCGCAGCAGCUCCGAGAACGAGGACGACGACGACGGGGGGAGCGGAUCCGACUCCGGGGGGCGAGGGAGGCGGCGGAGAUCGCCGGAGGAGGAGCGGCUCCGCCGCCACCACCAUCGCCGCCGCCGCGGAGACGAGGAGGAGAAGGAGAGGAGGCACCGUAGGGAGGAGGAGAACGGCGACGACAACGGGAGAGCGGAUCGGAGCAGGAGGGAGGAGAGGAAGCGGCGACCCGAUGAUGACGACGUAAGCCCUAGGAGGAGGCGCGAGAGAUCUAGAGGGAAGGACGACGACGGCGACGACGACAACGACGACGAAGAAGAGAGGCCUAACAGGGAAAGGCGGCGAAGCGACCGCGAAAAGGGAUCUCGCGGGAGAGAGUCUAGGGUUAGAGACCGGCACCGGCGCAGUAACAGCGCGGGCGACCAGAGCCCUAGGGAUCGCCGCAGGUCUAGGUAUAGCAAGGAAGAAGAAGAAGAAGAAGAAGAGGCGAGGCCGCGAAAGGAACAGCCCAGGAAGGCCGCGACCGAGUCGCCGCCUCCGCCGCCCCCGCCGCCCCCGCCGCCGAUUCCGGAAGCAAUUCCCGGACGGACCGGCGGAAUCUACAUCCCGCCGCAUAGGAUGGCGCAGAUGAUGCGGGAAGUAGAGGACAAGAGCAGCGAGGCGUAUCAGAGAUUGAGCUGGGAUGCCCUUCGCAAGAGCAUCAACGGGCUCGUCAACAAGGUCAAUGCCACCAACAUCAAGAACAUCAUCCCCGAGCUCUUCUCCGAGAACUUAAUUCGCGGGAGGGGCCUCUUCUGCAGAUCCUGUAUGAAGUCCCAAAUGGCCUCGCCGGGCUUCACCGAUGUGUUCGCCGCGUUGGUCGCCAUCGUCAAUACGAAGUUCCCUGAGGUCGGCCGGCUUCUCUUGGUCAGGAUCGUGCUGCAGCUCAAGAGGGCUUACAAACGGAACGACAAGCCGCAGCUGCUUGCCGCGACAAAGUUCAUAGCUCAUCUGGUGAAUCAGCUCGUCGCGCACGAGCUCGUUGCUUUGGAGCUUCUCACUGUUCUCCUGGAAAAUCCCACCGACGAUAGUGUUGAAGUGGCCGUCGGGUUUGUUAAGGAGUGCGGCGCUUUAUUGCAGGACAUUUCGCCUAUGGGCCUUCACGGGAUUUUUGAGCGGUUUCGUGGGAUUCUACACGAAGGUGAAAUAGAUAAAAGGGUUCAGUUCUUAAUUGAAGGCUUGUUCGCAAUUAGGAAGGCCAAGUUUCAGGGAUUCCCUGCUAUCCGACCGGAGUUGGAUCUCGUGGAACAGGAGGAUCAGUUUACCCAUGAGAUAUCGCUUGAAGAUGAUCUAGAUCCUGAGACAAAUCUUGAUGUUUUUAAGCCAAAUCCGCAGUUCUUAGAGGACGAGAAGGCUUAUGAAGACCUUAAGAAAAGUAUCCUGGGAGCAGAAUCCUCUGAAGAAGAAGAAGGAGGUUCUGAUGCUAACUCAGAUGAUGAGGAUGAAGAGGAAUCUGAGGAAGAGGACGAAGAACAGAUGGAAAUUAAGGACAGAACUGAGACCAAUCUUAUUAAUCUGCGGAGAACGAUAUAUCUUACAAUCAUGUCAAGUGUGGAUUUUGAGGAGGCUGGUCACAAGUUAUUGAAAAUAAAGCUCGAGCCUGGCCAAGAGAUGGAGUUAUGUGUAAUGCUUCUGGAGUGCUGCAGUCAGGAGAGAACUUAUCUUCGUUAUUAUGGUCUCCUGGGCCAGCGGUUCUGCAUGAUCAAUAAAGUCUACCAGGAAAACUUUGAGCAAUGCUUUGUGCAGCAAUAUUCAAUGAUACAUCGACUUGAAACAAAUAAAUUGCGUAAUGUUGCAAAGUUCUUUGCUCAUCUUCUGGGAACUGAUGCUCUUCCUUGGCAUAUUCUUGCAUACAUACGCUUGACUGAAGAAGACACAACUUCAUCCUCGCGAAUUUUUAUAAAAAUUCUCUUCCAGGAAUUGUCCGAACAUCUUGGUAUACGGUUACUUAAUGAACGGCUUAACGAUCCGAUGAUGAAAGAUUCAAUUGAGUCAAUUUUCCCUAAGGAUAAUCCGAAGAAUACAAGAUUCUCCAUCAACUUCUUUACCUCUAUCGGGCUUGGUGGUAUUACAGAGAGCCUGAGAGAAUACUUAAAAAACAUGCCACGUCUUAUAAUGCAGCAACAAAAGCCAGUGUUGGAGUCUGAUGAUGAGUCUAAAAGCUCUGAUUCGGAUAGUUCAAGUGGGUCAGAUUCAGGGGCAGAGUCCAAGUCAGAAUCGAGUUCAGAUGAAAGUGACAGGAGGGGAGGAAGGCAUAGUAAGAGAAGAAGAAGGAACUAAGCAAAACAUGGGGCACUACUUGUUUAUUCAGAUCUAUUAAGUGGAAUCCACUGCUGUUAUCAAACAGGCCUAUGACAUCUGACUUGGUUAAAGCCUCUUAAUGACUGAAGAAUUGCUCAGUAAUCAAGAUUUGGAGCCAUCAGAAAUAUUGAAGAUCAAAGCAUGUAAUGUAUCUUCUGGAAGGAGCUGCUUCUGCCUCUCAAAUUCUCGAAGAAUUUCGUUCCUGCGUUGCUGUAAGUAUCGUGCGCCCUAGAGCUGAACCGGCAAUAGCCACAUUAUACGUGGUCGGUGGUGCUUAUGCUUGGCGAAAAGCUUAUUCAAUUCGCCCGCCUUUUCAUACAGUGAAGAGUAUUAAGAAUUUUUCUAGUUAAUGUUAUCGACGCAUACUCCUGUAACUGUUGUUUUAUCUACCUAGUUCUCUGCUGCUGUGCUUCAUACUUUGGUUAUGAUUGAUUGAUUAUGUAGACAUGUUGCUUAGUUUUUAAAUGUGAAAAUGUGCUGCUACCCCCUUCCAACUAUAGGCCAAUUUUGAAAUUAGUUCCUGCAA